AAUUUAAAUACUGAAACCAACAUAACAGCCAGCCUAAAAUGUUCAGUAUUUUUCUCUUUCUAAUCUUGCACAGUUUACGAAGGAGUAAAUCGGCGGCGGAGAUCAGUGGAGGAGGUGAGCUGAGUUGUCAGCGGAGGAGAUGUUUCCGGCAAUGCGAAGCUUACGUGGCAUUUCGAUUGCCGUUUUUGUAGUUCAAGCUUUGUUAGCUUCAGUAGCUUUGGUUUCUGCUAAAGGAUCUACUAAUCUUUCUCGUUGGCAGACUCUGAGCGGGAAUGCGCCCUUUGUCAUAGCACGUGGUGGAUUUUCUGGAAUAUUUGCAGACUCCAGUGUUGAUGCUUAUAGUUUGGCUUUGUCAACUGGUCCACCUGAUGUGAUCUUGUGGUGUGAUGUGCAAUUAACAAAAGAUGCAGCUGGGAUUUGCUUUCCUGAUCUUAAGCUAGACAAUAAUUCGGAUAUUGCAGUGGUUUACGAGAAUCAGCAGAAGGCUUACCUUGUUAAUGGGGCCUCUACCAAGGGAUGGUUUGCUAUCGAUUACACUCUCAAGGAUCUCAGAAAUGUCAUCUUAACUCAAGGUGUCUAUUCUCGAACUAAUAAGUUUGAUGGCAAUGGUUACACAAUUAUGACUGUUCAGGAUACAUAUACACAAUUUAAACCACCUGGCUUUUGGUUGAAUAUUCAGCAUGAUGCUUUCUAUGCACAACACAACUUGAGUAUGAGAAACUUUGUACUUUCUGUAACCAGAAAUGUGAAUGUAACCGUUGACUAUAUCUCAUCACCGGAGGUGGCUUUCUUGCAAAGUAUUGCAGAACGUUUCCGAAGAAGCGCAACAAAGCUUGUCUUCCGGUUUCUAGGACAGAACGAUGUGGAGCCUUCAACCAACCAGACUUAUGAUUCUCUCUUAAAAAAUCUCACAUUUAUCAAGACAUUUGCCUCUGGAAUCAUUGUACCCAAGUCUUAUAUAUGGCCUGUAGAUGGAAGUCUUUACUUGCUACCUUCUACCUCAGUUGUCUUGGAUGCUCACAAAGAAAGGCUUGAAGUUUUUGCAUCAGAAUUUUAUAAUGAUGUUCCAUUUAGCUUCAGUUACUCCUAUGAUCCAGUGGCUGAGUAUCUUAAGUUUGUUGACAAUGGAAACUUCUCUGUUGAUGGGGUGAUAUCUGACUUCCCAAUAACUCCAUCAGCAGCUCUAGAUUGCUUUGCACACCUAGGGAAAAAUGCUUCAAAACAAGCGGACCUUUUGGUCAUCUCAAAAAAUGGAGCGAGUGGAGACUUUCCUGGUUGUACUGACUUGGCAUAUUUAAAAGCAAUUGAAGAUGGUGUAGAUGUUCUCGACUGUCCUGUUCAAAUGACAGGGGAUGGAACACCUAUUUGCUUGGGCUCUAUAAAUCUGAUAGAUAGCACAACAAUUGCUCAAUCAAGUUUUAGCAAUCUUACAGCAACAAUUCCAGAGAUUGGGCAAGGCAGUGGAAUAUUUACCUUCAACCUGUCAUGGAGUGAUAUUCAAAGCUUGACACCCGUAAUAUCAAGUCCACAAUCAGAUUUCCAAUUGUUUCGAAAUCCGAAGUUGAAAAAUGCUGGAAAAUUCUUAACGUUGUCUGACUUUUUAGCCAUGGCAAAGAAUGCUAGCUCUCUUCAUGGUGUCUUAAUCGGCAUAGAGAAUGCUCCUUAUCUUUCAGAGCAGGGAUUUGGUGUAACUGAUGCAGUGCUUAAUGCCUUGAGCAAAGCCGGCUAUGAUGAACAGACAGCUCAGACAGUUAUGAUACAGUCCAGUAAUAGCUCUGUUCUAAAGAAGUUCAAGGGUAAAACCAACUAUAAGCUUGUCUACAAGGUUGAUGAAGAUAUCGGUGGUGCUCCAAGUGGAACAAUUGAUGAUAUUAAGAGACUUGCUAGCGCUGUGGUCAUUAGCAAGGACUCCGUCUUUCCCAAAAAUGCAGCAUUCCUCACUGGUGUUACAAAUGUUGUACCAAGACUUCAAGCAGCUAAUCUCUCUGUAUUUGUUCAAACCUUCAGUAACGAGUUCACAUCUCAAGCAUGGGACUUCUUCUCUGAUGCUACUGUUGAGAUCAAUUCCUUCUAUAUGGGAGCCGGAAUUAAUGGUGUCAUUACUGAUUUCCCAAAGACAUCUGAUAGAUACCGCAGGAACCGAUGCUUGAACAGAGGCAGUAAAAUACCUGGUUACAUGAGCCCCGUUCAGCCUGGUGGUCUUUGGCUACUAAUCACACUUCCAUACUUGCCACCAGCUGAAGCUCCAAACCCUUACCUGACCGAGGGAGAUGUUGUUGAGCCCCCAUUGCCUCCUGUUGCUGCAAAAACCCCAACUUCUAAUCUGUCUGGUGCUGCAACAGCCCCAACAUCACCAAAUGGACAGCCUAAAGUUGCUGCCUGUGUCAUUGCCCCGCUAACGGCUAUGCUUAUCGCCAUUUAUUUAUUGUUUUGACACUGUAGAAGAGUCGGCCUGCUCGCAACCAUUUUGCCCCCCCCCCUCCCCUUUUUCUAUCACAUUGCUUGGAUAUCAAUUAGCUUGAAGCUGUUGCUGUAAGAGUGCUUGCUGCAAAUAUUACUUUUUUUCUGUAGCUUUCUCGCCCUCCAAGCAGCAGCAGCUAAUUCUUUAUCUUUUAUUUUUGUAGGUAUGCAAGCGGUACAUGCAUCUGAUGGAUCCAUUCCCUAUUUGUUUGGUCUAAGAUAUCUUGUGAUUGUUCUUUUGUGUUUAUGGAUCAAAUAGUCAAAGCAUGAAAAAGAUUUGGAUCUCAAGAUUGAUUUAAAAAAAAAAA